CAUGUUAUUCCAAAAAGCGCCGGUUGCUGCCGACCAAUCAAGUUCGAGCUUCAGCUUUGUCAUGCUGUCAAUCAACGGUUACGUGCACAGCAAGCAAGCCCAUGCAGAGGUGGGCGAGCUACACUCUACGCAACCGCGCGCACAUUUGUUUUGCUUGUGGAGGAGAGAGCAUCAGGGCUCAGCAACUUCCAGAAAAGUUACCAAUCCCACGGCUUGUCAGGCCAAGAGACUGCAGGACGUUUUUUGGCUCGGGGUGCUCGCGUCGCUCCCCGACCACGGCCUCCAUAGCCCGCCUGCGGGCUUCGUUUAGAUGCUGUGGUCGGGGUGCUCGCGUCGCUCCCCGACCACGGCCUCCAUAGCCCGCCUGCGGGCUUCGUUUAGAUGCUGUGGUCGGGGUGCUCGCCUCGCUCCCCGACCACGGCCUCCAUAGCCCGCCUGACGGCUUCGUUUAGAUGCCCGACCUCUGGAGGAAGAUGUUGGGGCGUCUGGGACAUACUCUUCGUCAGAGGAGUCAUGCAAUUCUGAACUCUAGAUAGAAAUAAAUAAACAAUCUAACACAUAUACACGCGUAAAUGCACUAAGUUUGAUAAACAACGUCAUCGAGAGGGAUACACGAGUGUAAUCACAUAUUGAAACUUUACUCGUUCGUCCUAGCAGAUUCAUGUUAUUUUGGUAUUAGGACAAGUUAGACUCAAUACAGCAUUCUAACGUAAUUCCUUUAUUAUUUACUAAAUGUACUAAAUGUAGAAGAGGGGAAAACAGCAAAACAGGCGAGAUGCUGCAGCACUCCGGGCACUUCUCUCAUGUACUGCGCGCGUGCACAAAUAAAGGGGCGAAAUCAGAGGGAGGGAGGGUGGGACCACCAGUGUUCUGGGAGACGCUGCGAUUCAAACUCCGGACAGCAGCUUUAAUGCAGUAAUUACUUAACUUUCUAGUUUUUAUUGUUUUGGAUUACUGAACAUGACUGGGUAUUGUGAGUAGAUUUUUUUUUGUCUUUUUACAAAGUAUGGGCCUAAUUUCAGGGCGACUCAAAAGACGAACACGGACACACAUUUCCCAUGAAAGAACCCAAAGAGAUUCAAGAUUCAAUAACUGUAUCGUCAUGCACACGGCAGAAACACAGUGUUUACCCUGAGUGAUGAAAUUCUUAUUUUGCGAGUUCCCUUCUCAUAAGUGAAUAAAAAAUAAAAGGAGAUAAGAUGAAUAUUAAAUAAUAAUAAUAAAAUAUAAUAUUAUAAGAUAAAAAAAUAAUUACAAAGAAAUUCUAUGUGCAAAUGUUCGCAAUAAUGCAAUUCUGUCAUGUGUAAACAGGCAAGGGAUAUGUGUGAAAUAUUGCUAUUUAUUAAGAUAUUGUAGAUUUAGGAGCCUGGUAGCCUGUGGAUAGAAACAAAAGUACAUUUUGUAAAAAGCCAAAUUUUAAGAUAUUUGUUUUUACUACUCCACCAAACAGCAGUGGAGUUAUGUGACGAUGGACGUACGUUUGUCUGUCCGUCUGUCUGUGCACAACAUUAUUCAAAAAUGGACCAACGGAUUUGGAUGAAACGUUCAGGGAAGGUCAGAAAUGACACAAGGACCAAGAGAUUAGAUUUCAGCAGUGAUGCAGCUUAUAGUCCGGAUCCACGGAUUUGUUAAAGAUUUCUGUAUCAUUGCGAGAUAGCGACACGGCGUCACUGUAACCAUGACAACAAGUGAACACUCCGUCAGCUGCCUGCAGACGAUCACAUGAUUGCGAUUCUAAUACAAAUCCACCGCUGUGGACUUAUCGGGACUUAUCCAUCAGAAAUGAUACAAGGAGCAACUGAUUAAAUUGUGCUGUCAAUUCCCGCCGCCCACUACAUAUUUACAUCACACGAUUCGGUAUCCGCACACAUGCAUAAGACACACCUGUGCUCAGCACCACGUCGUUUUGUUUGUUGGUACCGAAAGAACACAUAAUACUAAAGAAAUUAAAGAAACUGAUUAACUAAACAACAACCAGGUAAUUUCUUGCCAGUUUUUUUUGUUCCCAAGGUUGUCUGACUUUACAUUUGUUGUCCCUCAUGUUGUCUGUCAGCUCUUAGGUCUAAAUAACAACUGACAGCUGAGUAUGAAAAAAAUGUGGAGUUGAGACAUAGUAGAAACACACAUCCAGUCCAUUUACUACAUCCUGUCACACACUCCAGCAGUAAACAAACACACUCCUGACAAAGCCUCACUCAGUGGAAUAGGUAUAUUGUGUGGGCCGGGCUCUGUGUAAAUGUUAAUCUCAGCUCAUUAACAUUAACCACUGGGAUUCUUUUCUUCUCCACAAAUCAAUAAUCCAGCCUCGUGAGAGGGCUUUUGCCGGAUUGAGCAUCUGGGGGGAGAUCUUGGGUGAGCUGAGCAUAAGGAGACAGAGAAUUAGCACAAAAAAACACACAAAAAAGGCUGAUCCUGAGGAUAAAAGUGGGGUAUUCUUGUGGCUAUUAGUGGCACCUGGUGUGACCUGCAGUGUGAAUAUUCAGAGGGGCGAAUAAACCGAACCAUCCCUCCAUGUGGGAGGCGACGAGGCACUAAGACCCAGUGGAGAGCAGGGGAGGCUGGGAGGCUGCUGCCCACCCGCUGCCUGUCUGCUCUCUGCAGUUGCUCUGGGCGCAUGCCGGAGUCGGUACAUGACAUUAUGAAAGUGGGUGCAUGCGAGAGAGUCCAGCCUUUGUGCAUCACACUCUGGAAGACAGAAUCCCUCUCCUCCAUUUUUAAUUUUUUUAAAUUUCCAUCUCCAUCCCUCCCUUCUGCUCCUGCUCCACCUGGAUCGGAGGCUUGGAGGGAGCUGGGAGGUGUGAGUGCUGUGUAUUUGAAGGAGGAGGCAGCGGUCAGCGUGAUGACGAGAUGAAAGGGGCCAGGUGAGGAGGAGACACCGGAGCUCCCCUCUCCUCUCUCACUCCCACUAUCUGUGUGUGUGUGUGUGUGUGUGUGUGUGUGUGUGUGUGUGUGUGUGUGUGUGUGUGUGUGUGUGUGUGUGUGUGUGUGUUGUGGUGUGUGUUUGCUGUGUGUGUGGGAGAAAGAAGGAGAAGGAAACAGGUCGGCUUUGCUCCGGCAGACUGUGAACCUGCACAGGAGGAAGCAGCACCUCUCCACACUGAGAUCUUUCCAAAUCAGUAACAUAUUUGGAGAGAGGAGGACGCCUUCACCAAAAGUUGUUGCAUCUUCAAGGACGUGACUGAAAACUCGUGCGAUUGUCUGCAGAGCUCCGUUCUGAAGUCCAUGGGGUUUGGGGCCUGUACGAUAACAGACACCACCACCGUCUGAGCUUCUCUGUGACACCCUACGACGGGGGAGGAUGGGUGAUGGGCCCGUGAACUUCAGCGGACUCUCUCCUCUUCGUCCCAUCCUCUCAUGGAGCGUCCUGUCACACCGAGCCCCUCCUGGAACACUUCUCUUUCGACAUUUCCAGCCUCACUGCAGCCAAACUUCUCAAACGUGACCCCGCCCUUCCCGAGCAUCCGAGGUGGGAUCGACGUGAAUCAGUCCUUGGCGCUGUGUGCUAUGCUCGUCAUGGACAUGCUGGCGGUGGUGGGGAACUUGGCCGUGAUGGUCGUCAUCACCAAAACGCCGCAGCUGCGCAAGUUUGCCUUUGUUUUCCACCUCUGUCUGGUGGACCUGAUGGCUGCGUUGGUGCUGAUGCCUCUGGGGAUGCUGUCAGACCGGAUCCUGGUGGACGAGGGGCUGUGUCGGAGCUACCUCUGCCUGAGCGUCUGUCUAGUUAGCGCUGCCAUCCUCACCAUUUGUGCCAUCAACGUGGAGCGCUACUACUACAUCGUCCACCCCAUGCGUCACGAGGUGAAGAUGACGGUGGGGGUGGUGGUGAUGGUGCUGGUGGGAAUCUGGAUUAAAGCUGUUGUCAUGUCAGUGCUGCCUCUGAUGGGGUGGCUGCUCCAGGGGACCCAGAGUCCUCCGGUGCUGGUUCCCGGUCAGAGACACUGUUCCCUCCACUGGACAGGAGGCAGGACCACACGGCUGCUGUUCAUGAUCUUCUUUACUUUAAUCUAUUUCCUGUGCCCCAUGCUGAUCAUUCUGGUCGUCUACUGCAACAUGUUCAAGGUGGCCCGAGUGGCAGCCAUGCAGCACGGCCCCCUGCCCACCUGGAUGGACACGCCGCGACAACAACGGUCCGAGUCUGUCAGCAGUCAUUCCACCAUGGCGGCCAGCCUCGGAGGAACCGGCGCCCGCACCACCCCUCAAAGGGCCUUCAGUGGAGGGAAGGCCGCUGUGGUUCUGAUGGCAGUGGGAGGCCAGUUCUUCUGCUGCUGGCUGCCGUACUUCUCCUUCCAUCUGUACUCGGCUGUAGUUUCUACCUCUCCUUCCUCACUGGCCCAGCUGGAGGACGUGGUAACGUGGAUGGGCUAUUUCUGCUUCACCUCCAACCCUUUUUUCUACGGCUGCCUGAACCGGCAGAUUCGCGAGGAGCUGGGCCGACACCUGGCUUGCCUUUUCAAGCGGGCCGGGUCCGGUGAAGGAGAGCAGCUGCCCAGCCGAGAGGCCUCUAUCGAGGAGAACUUUUUGCAGUUCCUUCAGGGGACUGGAUGCAAUCUGGAGCCCUGCAACUCUCACAGCAGAGCCAGCCCUGAGGAUCCAGAGACUGAGGGCCUUCGGGAAUCAGCUGUUCAGCAGAACAUGCCAGCUGACUUCCACAUCCCAGGGCAGAUCCUGGAGGAAACCUCAGAGUUCAUGCAGCAGCAACAGCUGAACAAUGAGCUGCAUGUAUCAGAGAACUGCUGCAAAACUGUACCAGAGCUGUAGCUGCCUCAUGUACUGUCUCUUUUGCCAUCUAAUAAUCCAAUAAACACACUUAGUUUUAUUCAUAUUUUCUAGCAUUUGUUGGACUGAAACGUCUCUUGUUCAAGCUACAGCAUGCUUUAAACCCAGCGAACUGCAACACACUCCUUUGAAGGAUUGAACUUAUGUAGCUCUUCAGCAAAAGACACAGUUGAAUAGAUCAUGCCAUUCAUUUGCCCAACAGUUUUUGUCCUGCAGAAUUACAUGUUCUGAGCGACAUAUGAGUCCACGGACACCAAACCCUCGUUGUAGUGAAGCCACAAACACAAAAAAGUGUUGAAAAUUUGCAAGCACGAACAUCAGAAAACAGUCUUCAUCGUUCAUUAAAAACAAUAGGAGCCAUUCAAAGGAAAUUUCAUGGACAAAUUCUCAGUGACAUAUCCAGUUUAGUUUGAUAUGAAUUCUGCUACAGACUCAUUUGUUCGUCCCUCAUUAAAAUUUUCCAUCAAACCUAAAAGGACAAUAUACAUCAUACAAUUGGUUAUGACACACUGCUGCUGUUACGUGAAGCAUUCCAUCUGCCGUUUUGUCCCAACAAUUAUUUGUAAAAAUUCAGUUAGAGGACAAAAUGUUCCCUCAGCUCUAAGUGACAUUACAGAUUCUGAAUGAUUUAACUCACAAUCUAAUCAUGAAGAAACAUCAGAAGCAUAAAUCAUCUUAUGAUUGAGAGUUAUUGUAGCUGCUGGUUUGUUUAGUAAAUCUGUUGUUUUUCCAUCUCAUACCACCAAGGAAUCAAUGCAAAAAUAUUCCUCAGUAUAAAGGAAGGAAGAUUCAAAGCUAAAAAAAAGUCUCUCAGUUUGAACCAUUCAUUGUGUUGAACAGGAUCAUUUCACAGCUGGUGCUCCUGGUAUUUAUAAUAAAACAGGCUGACACUGUAUUUUUAACCAUUUUCCAGGAACGUUAUUAUCAUGUUUAUCUGUUCUUAGUCUUGUGAUUACCACCUCCUGCCAAAAUCGUCUCACAUUGGGAGACUCGUGAUAUCAGCCCCGCUUCCAAUAACAGAAAAAAACAUUGUGACUGGUUUAAUUUGUGUGAUCGCGGUGGUGUUAAGGCUUCAAGCUUUAAGAACAUCCACCGCAGCGCAUUAAAAACUGCUGGAACACGGCUCGAGGUGAACAGAUCCGGACGUCGCCGCCGCCCCCCGUCGCCCUGUCGCCCCCGUGAUGUCGGUCCUGUUUACAGGUAAACACAGCAGCAGUGCGAGUGCUCCUGUGUUUGAGCAAUAAACAACCAGGCUUGUUGUGGCUACACACACGGCACACAGGUGUGACGACGCUCACACAUGGAGCGCGUCGCCUUUGGCCUCGUUCAGCAGCGCCGGCGACGACACUUUCUCUGAUCUCAGGUGGAAUACAAAUAAGUUUGCACAAGUCACACGAGCAGUGACGAAUGUUCCAAAGAAAUUUUUUUAAAAAGGCACAAACUCUUACUGAACACUUGUUCUUUGGGAGGAUGGGGGGGGGGUCUGACUCUUUUUAUACUCGCUUUCUCUUGCUGCCUUCAUCUAUUUUGGACUGACUCGCACCGGACAGCGAUCACAAGACACUCGACACAUGAGGAAGGUUCAGAGAUUUGCUGGGAGUCAGAACCAAAAAAAAAGGCUCUCUGUCUGGGGGGGAAGACAUAAUGCUCUUAAUUUUCUCCACUUUGUUUGCGGACUGUUUUGCAGGAAGCGAUGUCAUGUCGACUUCAUUUGAAAUGUUUCUGGAGUCAACAACCAGAUUGAAUUACUGCUUGUGAUCCUCCUGCUAAGUACGUGCGUCGUUCAUUCAAUAUUAGUGAAACUGCAGAAUACUUUUACAGAGUGUUAUGAGAGAAAAUGACAUAAAACUGCCUUGAAUUACGACACCAGGCCUCGUAAACGAGGGUUUUAUCUCCUCAGAUGAUCUGGUGUCUUCAGUUAUUGAGCGUUAUUGAUUAUUCCCUCUCUACGCCACGCGCUGUGACAAAUUUUGGUGAUAUUUUACUCUCCUGGGUUACUAAACAGGCCAUUUGGCUGAUUGUGCAUCAACCCGCUAUUCAAUCAGCUGGAUUUCCAUUAACGUAGCUGCAAAAUUGCCCGGACCAAUCUCAUUAAAUGCUUUGUUUCUGCGACCAUCUGUUGAUUACACCUAUGGAGAAAUAACCUGUUCUGGGCGUACAAGGCAGAUAACAAUGUCAGCUUCAGGAAUAUUAACGGACGUUUUUAACCGCAGUUUUUAUGUAAAUCAUGUUGCUGUUUUUUCUCUCUCUGUAUCUGUUUUAUUUUAUUUUUUGUACCUGAGCUGAAACGACUGUUAGGAUUCUUCAUUAUUAGGGUUUGUUUUGUCUUUGUUAAAGAUCUCUCCCCCCCCCCCCCCCACGUGUAUUCCCCACCACCCAACCCAUCCAGCUGAAAUCAUUAAAGACACGGCAAGAAGACGAAACCUCGAGUGUGGUGGUUGUUGUUGGAGGUAUUUUUUAAGAUCGAUGGCUGCAUCCGUCACAUCAGUCAUGUCUUUCCUCUCAGUGUGUGUCCUUGCAUGUGUGUGUGGUGCAGACGGGGGGGGGAGUGAAACGAAGCACCGAGAACAGGAUGAAAGAGCCGUGACAUUUGGAGAGAGGCGGGAAGCUCGUCGCUGUAAUGCUCCACAACUGAACUAAUCAACACUGGCGAGACCGAAUCAAACUUUUAACACAACUUUAGGCUUUCUGGAACACAUUAACGUCCCUACUCUGACAAUAAACGCAUAUAUGGGUCAAUAUAUAAUUGAGGGACUUUUGAAGUCCAUGGGAUGUACCCUGCAUAUAUUUUUAUUAAUAGUAUAAAACUGUUUUUAUGUUCAUUAUGAUCAUGUCUUUACAAAUUCCAUAAUUAUUUAUUAUGGAAAAAAUCACUUACUAAUAAAAAUGACUGGAUGACACUAAAAUGUCAACUAAAUAAUCAUCCCAAUUUAAUAACAACCACCUUCUAAUUAGGUAAACAAUAAUAAAAUGACCAUCAUGCAGAAAUACUACUGCGUCUCAAUUUUGUCAGUUAGUGUCUCAUUUUUGCCGUUUCCUGUCUUGUUUUUGUUGUUUUGUGUCUCAUUUUUGUCAUUUCGUGUCUCGUUUUUGUUGUUUUGUGUCUCGUUUUGUUACUUUGUGUUUCGGUUUUUAAUAAACAAUAACUGGAUAUCACUAAAAUGUCAACUAAACAACCGUCCCAAUUUAAUAACAACCACCGUCUAAUGAGCUGAACAAUAAUAAAAUGAGCUUAUUCAAAAAUA